UAAUACUUUUUAAUUAAUUUUUUAAAAAUUACAUUUUUUUCAAUGGGUUUUCAUGCAAGGCAGUCAAUUUCUAUGAAAAAUCUUUUUUAUCUAGUCAAGAAAUAUAUAUCUUUUUAAAGCUUAAAUUUUUAAAAGUUAAGUUAUUAGUUUUUAUUUAAAAGAAAUCCUUAGAUUUUUUGUUUUGAAUUUUUUGAAGCGUAAUAAUUAAAAGCUACGCAAUGAAUUCCACUAAUCAUACUGAAUGUAAAUUAGCGCCUGCGGACGUUUUAUUAAUUGUUGGAUGUAUAACAAUUAUUGUGGUUGGAGUUGUUGGCAACAUUUUGGUUCUUAUUGUAUUUAGGUCUCGAUGGAAAAGAGGAUCUACAACUGAGUUGCUAAUUUGCUACUUGGCUGUGUUUGACUUAUUGAGUUCAUUUUUUGCUCCAUUGAUAUUCAUGUACUGGAUUUUGGUAUGUUGGAAUCGAUGGGAUUUCGGAUGGUUUGGAUGCAAGUUAUUCCCCUACAUAUUUCGAGUAUUUACCGCUGUAUCGACUGGUAUAAUACUUAUAAUGGCGAUUGAUAGAUGCCAGCUUAUAGUUUUUCCGUUAAAAGGAAAAUUGAAGAGGAAAACCAUACACUUCUCUAUACUUGUAACUGUUGUAGUUUCUCUAUUGUGGGAAUCGUACUAUGCUAAUGCGCUUUAUAUUAGACACAACAGACUUACUGAGGUUUGCACUGUCGUGUCUGCAAACACGCCAUCAUAUGCAUAUCCGCUAAUCUUACUUACUAUUUUGAAAAUAGUAAUAUUACUAGUUGUACUUUUGUCAAGUACGUGUUUAGUUAUCAUGAAGAUACAACGUCGCAAUCAGUUAGUGCUUUCACAAAAUUGUUUUCCGAAAAAACCAAUUAAAAACCAAAAAACAAUGAGAAUGAUUAUUAUAAUUGCAAUAGUUUUCAUAUUAACUGUUGCCCCACGUGAUAUACUUCAUUUAUUAUUCGCUUGGUCGUGGUUAGGCGACAAAAAGGUUUUUCAAAACAGGAUACUAAUUGAUCGCUUGAAUAACUGGUUUCGAUUACUCCAGGUCAGCAAUGGAAUUUACAACGUUUUCAUAUACGCAAAUCUUCAUGCUAAGUUUUCCAAAAAUUUAAAACAAUACCUUCCAUGCAGGUUUGUGUCAGUAGCUCCUGAGAAACGAAAGUCACUCGCUUUAGAUUCAGAGUCAACGAAAAUUGAAGUACUUAUGGAUAAAAAAAUUGACAAUGAAAUUGAGGUACUUAUGGAUAAAAGAUAAAAAACCAUAAGUUUAUUUGUUGAUAAUGGUUUGUAAAUUAAAGGAUAUAUUUUAAGUUUAUUUAAAACAAAAGUUUAAAACAGAUAA